GCAUUGAUGCGAGGUUAGUGCGGUUGUGUUUUUCCCCGGGGGACGACACACUUGGGAAGUGGGCGCACAUCCAGGCAUUUCUCUGCGCAGUGCGAGCACACAGAAACUGCCAGAUUCACAGGAAUGGAUCUGUCGGCAAUCACACGCGUCGGCAAACAGCAGGCCGACUCGAUCGGCUACGAAAGCCCUGUCGACUGUUCUGCCGUCCAAAGAUAACUUCUCUGACCGGCGAGCCCAUACCGAUCAAAAAAGUGUUACCCGAGAUUUUCAACAGUCGGCUGAAUUUUGAUUUUGACUAGCGACAACUGUACAGACCUACACGAAGAAGUUUCGCAACUAAGUGACUGUGCGAGAUGUAGUAAUGGUGAGAGACCAAAAAAUAUGACUGUGAGCUUUGUUAUAUCGCCUGUCUACAAAAAAUGCUGUAAUUCUCUUCGAUUUAUGUUUAAACUUCAACUGAGUGUGGAAAUCAACAUCUUGAAGCGAGAGUUGGCCUCAUUGCGGAAGAACUGCUCACUAGCUGUUGCCUGUCGUAAAGUUGGCGGCCACCAUCCAGUGCUGGUUGCCUCCAUUUUUAGCUUCCAACUCGAGUCAAAACAAUGGCCAAAUACACGCUGCACUGCAAAAUAGCUAGAAUAUGCCAAAAAAAGAAAAGAAGAAGACAGAAUCCCUUGCUUCAGUUUCCAACAUCUGACCUUCGGAAUGAAAGAUUUUCAUGCAAUGUCGGCACCAAACCAAAAUUAUGGAGUACACUGGCCAUACAGUAAGUAACACUUGGUCUCCCAGCUUGUUGAAGAGAAACAAGCGCAGGUUUCCCAAUAUUUCAAACAACUGCAAUUCAGCAUCAUGAGGAGUUGUAUUUUGAAUCUGUCCAUCAAAAUAUUGCUUUAUUUGAAACCACACAAUGGCCCAACAAAAAAAAAAAAAGGCUCGGCAGUUGAGCACAGACCUGUGCCAAAGUUGAACUGUUCGCCCAAUAAACAAAAGGAGUGCCAAAUGAUUGUUUUUUCUCUGACCGCAGCAGUAUAAAUUCUGACAAGAAUGACGGUGUCGCAAAACUUCAUACAAAUGUAAACGACAAUUAUAUCUAUAUUUCUAACAGUCUGUGCCAAACUCUUGUGCUGGAUCUUAUUAGACUGCAUAACUAAUGAAAUAUGUGGUUACUGGUUAAUUUAUAAGAAGCAUACCACAGAUGAGUGUGACAAUGGUUGAAUUGCAUAUUUGACCGGCUCCAGAAGCACCGAGAGGCAAUAACAUUGUUAACCAUUCAUGGAAAAUUCUCGUCACUGUGACAUUUCAAACCGUUCAGUGGAGCCUUAAAAGUCCAUUCAUGUUUGAAGAAUAUGCAGAAAAGGCAGAUGAAUAGAAAAUAUAUUUUCGGGACGCGACCGUCAUCACCUGCCAACAACACUGCUACCCUUUAGCAGCUCAGCUCUGUUGGCUGUUUGUACCAAUAAUAUUUGGAGGGGGGCAAAAAGGUCCACGUGCAGAGCUGAAUGCAAUGCGUGCCUGCCUUUGUGUGGACACAGCACAUACGCGUGUGCUUAUGGCCGCUGUGUGUUUUUGUGCCCUGCGGCAAAGCAACACGCGCACCGACCUGGCGUCAUCCAACGCUGAACAUCUGCAUGUUGUCACUAGCAACGUUUGCGUGUGAGACAUCUGAUCCAGACAAGAUUUUGGAGCUGUGGGGAAGCAGAGCAAAAAACAUGAUUCAAUCAUAAUUGCAGUCGUUGGAAAUACUGUUCAAAACAAAAUGACAAAAUGAGUUACUUCAAAUAUAUGCAUUCAUUUCAUUUAUGUUUUCAUUGUACUUUGGCUCAAAUCAACUAUACAUAUUUUUUUAAAAAUCAGCACGAUGUUAUUUUCUUCAAAUAAACCAUUUGACGCAUAUUUGAUACAGAUUGACACAUUCCAAAUCAUUUGGCCCAUCUGUCAGUUAGGAAAAAAUGAGAAAUAAAAUAAAAUGUAAGCUUUCCCCACCGUUGCUUUAAAGUCAUCAUUGUACUGCUACAUCCUAAAUUUCAUUAGUUUGUGUCACCAGCGAGAUUGGAAAGUGUACGUUUGUACUUGCUAACUUCAGUUUUUAGACUUUGAUGUGAAAAGUACAGCAAGUCGAAUUAAACUAAUUUAAGACUUAAUGCUAAAUAAAAUGAAAUAAAAUAUAUUUGUAUAUGUACCUGUGCACAUCUGGUGCAUUUUUUUAAAAAAAUUUUUAAACCAAGUCAUCUCUAAGCCAUUUAUUUUAAAGGGUAUUUGUUGUCAAAUGAGUCUGAAAUUAUAUUAUGGUGCUUUGGGAUCAUAGUUUGUGGUAUAUUCAUGGUUUAAACUUAAAAUGUGCUAUUCUGCAAAAAAAAUAAAUACAUAAAUAAAUAAAACGUUUGACUAUACAUCUAAAGGCAGAACGUUGUCAUUUGUCCGCGGCCUCAGUCACAUCUCACACAUCACCUGCAUUGUGCCAUAAAAUACUGUAAAAUGAAUGAGCAGUUUAAGGGAAUUAGUUCACAUACAAUAACGAUAAUUAUAUGAAAAUGUGGUAAUUUAGUACAUUCAUGUCAACCACCGUUUCCAAAUCUGCUGAUUAAGCUUGAGGAUGUCUUCAUUUUGGAUGGGAUGGGCCUCAUUAGCAAAAAUGUUUGGAAGCAAAAGUCUGCAUCGGCUUCGUGAAUAGUUCGGAGCGAUUUUGUACAAGCUGUCAGAAAGGUUCCAGGACUGGUGUCACGAAAGAUGUAUAGAGGCACCAGUUUAAUUGCUCUUAUCUUAAAUCAUCUUUCCCCGUUGAAAUGAAUGGAAAUACUAUUCAUCUGUUCAAGUCUCAAACUAAAAAGAGAAAUGGCACUAUAGUAUUAUACUUCAUCAAAACACACAGUCAUGACAUACUUAAAUAGAAUUAAAAAUAAACCGUUUUUGGCACAGAGCCUCAAUUAAAUGGCCAUUGUGCUGCUGCCUGCCUUGGCCACCUGGGGGCAGUACAAGACAGGCAGAUGGAGAUACAGUAGCUACUGUACAUGGAUGUCUGUACACUAUAUGUCUCAGCUCCUCACAGAGGAUAAAGAAUACAUGAAUGAAUACUUUUACAUUGAAUUGUAAAUGUGCUGCACGGUUUGUGCUACGCUUUUCUCAUUGUGUGUUCGCAUUAGCAUGAUGAGUGUUUUGAGAUUCAAGACGCGUGAUCACAGAAAGAAUGCAACUCUUAUCUCAAGGCACCACUGUAUAUGUAAUAAUAUGAUGAGGCGAUUACACAUUUAUAUAGUUUCAUAGUCGUGAGGGAAACUAAACAACAAAAUGUAAAGUGCGGGUAUUAUUUUUGUCCACUCUCAUCGUCAUGUUCCACACUAUAAUUUCUGUGACUUUGAGUGUGUAUGGCUUUAAAAAGGAGGAGCCUGGCCCGGUGAGUGACAUGGGAGUCAGCAAACGAGAUCGUGAGUUGACUGUUGUGAGCCGAGGUUAGCGGCCGGCUGUGAACUGGCCGACCGGUUAGCCAGUGUGCGUGUUGAAUGCCUGCGCGUCACUCGCGGCCAUAGCUGCUCUAUACCGAGCUGAGCGAGAGUCUGCAGCAGAAACAUAAUCCCCGUGACACUUCAAAAAUAAUCCCUGUGAUACUUCGAGGCAGAGAUUUUGCUUCAAAUUUCUUUGGGCACGAGAGCUUCAACUCGCGCUCCUUGGCUCUGCAAGCCCAGAAGAAGAUCCUGAGCAAGAUGGCGACCAUGGCGGUGGCCAACAUGCUGACGGACGACACCAGCAGCGAGAUCUUGGACGAGCUCUACAAGACCAGCCGCGAGUUCACCAAGAGCAAGAAGGAGGCCCACAAAAUCAUCAAGGACGUCAUCAAGAUCGCCCUGAAGAUCGGCAUCCUGUACCGCAACCACCAGUUCAGCCCCGACGAGCUGGACACGGUGGAGCGCUUCAAGAAGAAGAUGAACCAGGCGGCCAUGACGGCGGUGUCCUUCUACGAGGUGGAGUACACCUUCGACCGGAAUAUUCUCUCCGAGCUCCUGCUGGAGUGCCGGGACUUGCUUCACACGCUGGUCGAGCAGCACCUGACGGCUCGCUCGCACGCUCGCAUCGACCACGUUUUCAACCAUUUCGCCCACGGCGAGUUCCUGGCCGAGCUGUACGGGGACGGAGACGAGUACAGACUCUCUCUGAGGAAGAUCUGCAACGGCAUCAACAAACUGCUGGACGAGGGGACGCUUUAAUCUUUUCCCUCGCCGCUUCCUUCUCGCCCUCCCCCGGACCGUUUGCAUCACUUCCGCCUUUAUCUCUGUCAGCUUCCUGUUUCCUGCAUCCGUUUCCAUGGAGCUAGUUGUAACAUCCUGCAGCUGUGGCUCACCGAGGGUUGUUUUAUUAAGACUCGGACAACGGGCGUCGGAGCGUUCACUCCACGUCCUUGAGAUCCAGCUUCAGCUCCGUGUACUAGUAUGCUCUUUGUCCUCACUAAUAAGACUACUGCCGCUUUGGCCGACUGGUGCACAGUUGAAUUUUACGAUUAAACUACCGUCCUCCACUAGUAACGCUUGGCUCAACUAGUAAGCACAUGCGCUUGCUAGUGAGGACAAAAACUGCACGUGUCCAUGGAUGACUUGUCUUUUAUGGAAAGCCAUUUAAGGACAUUUAUUCCAUGUCCUUAAUAUCCAGCUUAACAUCCAUGUACUAGUACGGUAGUUCUCCUCACUAGUAGGACAAUUCCGUGCACUAGUAGAAUGUCUUUCUUACUAUUACUGCUUUUUCAACUUCUAGUAGUACAUGCUAACAUCCAGGGCUUCACUAGUAGUAUGCAAACGUCAAUCGGGGGACAGUUUUGCCUCACUAGUAGCAGAAAUGUCUUACGUAGUACAGUAGUGGAAAAAGUUCUAUUAGCGUGCCCUUCAUUGUCUUUCUACUAGUGCGUUGAAGUGUCUUACUAGCGAAGACAGAGGAAAUUAGUGCAGGAACCGUAUAAAUGAUAAAGCUGCCCCCCAUAUGUCUUCCCUUUUGUGGGGAAAACAAAAAAAGUAAAAAAUGUACCAAUGGCCCAAAAACAUCCAUUGGGUAUAUUUGCAUUUGGAAGAUAAUAAUCAGUCAUCAGUCCUUUUCUUUGGGGGGUGUUUGCAUACGCUUGGCAUAAAUCAUUUUGUACAUAAAACCGAUGACAUGUUUCUGUGUCAAACGUCUCCAGGGUGUAUCACUUGUCUUUUAUUAAAGAUUUCUUGUCGUUUCUUCUGACAAUAGCAGGAAGAAUA